AUGGCUAAUCUUGCACCCAAUGGUCCUCGACACUCUGAUGGCGAAGAUAAUGACGUUUCGCGCAUCGACUUUGCAUCACAGGAGCACGCUAUGACCGAAGCCGCCGCCAAAGCAGAGGCAUCCGAGGGCUCGAGCCCGGAAAUCCAGGAUGCAACCCAAAAUGACGACGCAGGCCUUUCGGGGCACCCUGAUUCAGCCGACGAUCACGAAGGUGGCACAGCAAACGGGGUAAAUGGCACGGCCAGCAGCAACCAGCGUGGCCAGACCGGUGAUGAUCAAGCAUACCUGCAACGACCGCUCGGCCCAACAAGAACACCAUCCAGCACAUAUAACCCGUCGACAUCUCGAAGGCCGCGACCACCACAGACAUCAUCAACCUAUGAUGGGACUGUCAGAUCGUCUUCCGCAACGCGCCCGUGGCCGAGUGAUAGCAGAUUUCGCGCCCAGGAACGAGCCUAUGUGCAGAAACUACGGCAAGAAAACGAUGGCGAAUAUUUCAACCAGUACGAUGAUAUUGGCAACGACUCGGACUCGGACGGCGAGACGCCUUCCACCGAAAGCCCUUUCGACGAUCGUCUUGAUCAAGAAACAAUCAUGUUCUACGGAGAUGAUACUGUGCAACCUACCGACGACGAGUUGAAAGACCCCGAAAGUCGAGAAAGGCUCGAGUGGCAUGGCAUGCUCGAGGCUGUCUUGACUGGCGAUGUGGUGCGGCAAGAAAAGAAGAGGUUGAUUGGUUCAUCCGAGCAAGCCGUUGGAAAAACUGGUCACAAAACAGAACUUUGGCUCGGUGUCCGCAGCAAGGUGUGCGGCAGACAUCUUCCAGUGCAGAAACGCAUUGUUGAGGAGGGACGUGCCGUUCUUGACCGGACUCUGGACGAAAUUAUCAAUUUCAAAGUCAAGGGCGAAAGCGAGGCGGGAAAAAACCCGUACGAGCAGGUCUGCGACAUCGUCGCCUCGAUGGAAAAAUGCGAGAGCCUGUACCCUUCUUGGGCGGCUCUUAUUGCCGAGCAUCCAACCGCAGCCUCACCACAUUUCAGUGAGGCUUACGAGUCAAUCAUGUCUUGGUACAAUACGAAUACAUUGAUAAACACCGAGCUGUUAAUUCUCAAGAAGUGGGUUGGCAACGACGAGCUCGACUUUUCUCGCACCAAACAGCGCUCCCCAGCUGUGGACGGCAUCGCACCCGACGAAGCCUCCUUCUUGGACCGACUCUUGAAAGAAGACGGUCUAAAAUCCUUGCUCGACGACAAGAUUCCCGAUAAUCCCAAAGGCAUGCUGCCUCCCAUCGGAAACAUCAUCUCCAAGGCCAAGGUAACCUUUAUACGCAACUCGGCACCGUUCCAGAAACGACACCUGCCGCCCUAUUUGGAUGAGCUUUUAACGCUCAUCAGCUUCCCAUCUAGACUCAUCGAAGAGAUUACGCGAAUGCGUCUUGCUUACGCUAGGAGAGUUAAGGAGACCGCCCAGCAGAAUCCAUUGAUGCAGGAUCAGAUGAUCAAGCAAUUUCAGUUGCUGCUCAAAGCAGCGAUUCGAAUUAAAGGAGAGUACCUCACAAUAGAGAAGCCAGAGCCAGGUUGGGAUCUACCUCCCUGUAUUGACGAGUCCUUUGACCACGUCGUGCUGGAGGCCUUGAAGUACUACUUUAAGAUGCUCAACUGGAAACUCACGGGCAACAGAAACACUUUCAAGGAAGCUGAAUUGUUGUUCCAGGACUGGGAGUUUGCAAAUGAUAUUGGUAGGCAGCUGCAGCGAGGCCAUAUCGAGGUUGCCGAGCAGUUUAGCUCCCUGGCCCUCAAGUCCAUCAGCCGUCUAAGCCAGACGUUUGAAAAAGAGUUGCAGGGCAAAUCGGGUGAAUCGGCUGCUGACAUGACAAAGCGAUACAAAGCUUGCCUGGACUCUGUCCGCGUCCGCCAGCGAAUGCUGCAGCGCUUUUCGCGCAUGUUAAGCGACAACUACGAGCACGCGUCAGAUUACAGCAUUUCGUACGCGCCUCAAAAUGUAUCCAAGUUUUUUGACCAAUUAGCGGCCACUGGCCACUUCCGCUUGCAGACUGGUGUUUUUGAGGACGAUGGAAUUUACAUCAUAGCGUCCCACGAUUUGAAAAACAGGCUCGACGAUAUUCAGGCAAUGAUGGCAAUUACAAAGAAGGACACCUUUGAGGAGGAGUCGAGCGCCGGGUACAUUCUAGUGGCGAGGCCGGAGGAGACUUUGAGCUGGUUUGGCACGGUUGUCGAUGUGUCAUUGAGGAGUCAAGUUAUUGACUUGAAACGUGGCCAGCUUCGUCUUUGCGCCACCAGCUCACAAGCACUUCCCAAUGCCAGGAAGGAAUUCCUAGACGCGGUCGACAUGCAUGUUGAUCUUUUACAAGAAGCGAGAUCCAACAUUCACAAAGUUAACCAAAAGCUGACGGAUAUCCGAAAAGUCACGUAUAAACUUUCCAACACGUUCAUGGACAGCGUCGAAACUAUUCGAAGGCAAGCGCUUGGAACCGGAAGAGACUGCCACGAACUCAUUCAGACGUGCUUUGUAUUUGCAACAGAAUUUGGUCAGCGAUCGCUGCUCUACAUGGACAGCAAUCGGCGUCAGAUGAACAACCUCAAGCUCACCAAGCUUGCUCUUGACUGGGUCAGCUUCAUUUGCGACGACUGUGUUGCGUCUGAUCGAAAGACGUUCCGUUGGGCGGUGCAGGCACUGGAAUUGGCCAUGGGCAUGACUCGUGGACGGCAUGUUCUUGCACUUGGUGAAAACGAAUACUCGACGCUGCGAAUCAAGGUGGCUGGCUGCAUGUCGGUGCUGAUUUCUCACUUUGAUAUCAUGGGAGCGCGAUCCAACUUGGCUGCACAGGCUGAGAGAGAACGGGUCGAGGCGAUGAUGGGCCAGUUCAGGAAGUUAGACAGCAAGAAGAUGCUGGAUGACGAGGAAGCGGCCAGAUGCAGAGCCCUGCAGCGAAUUGAGUUGCUUGACCAGGUUGACGGGCUUCGUCUAGAGAAGGACGCCGAGCGGCGAUCGCUAGGUCGCGUCCUGGAGGCGAAUAAUGAAGCCGAUCGGUCGCUGGCCUAUCUGUCAUCAUCGGCCAUGAACGUGACGAUGCGCUGGCAGCAGGGCGCCUUUGUUGGAGGCGGCACUUUUGGCAACGUCUAUGUCGCCAUGAAUCUCGAGUCGGGCCAGUUGAUGGCUGUCAAGGAGAUUCGACUGCAAGAUCCCAAGCAAAUCCCGACAAUUGCGGAGCAGAUCCGUGAUGAAAUGGGCGUACUGGAAGUAUUGGACCAUCCCAACGUCGUGGCCUACCACGGUAUCGAAGUCCAUCGUGACCGUGUCUACAUUUUCAUGGAAUACUGCUCUGGGGGGUCUCUUGCCGCGCUGCUUAAGCACGGCCGGAUCGAAGACGAACAGGUCAUUACUGUUUACGCGCUGCAAUUGCUCGAGGGUCUCGUGUAUCUGCAUGAAAGCCGCAUCACCCAUCGCGACAUUAAGCCAGAGAAUAUUUUGCUUGAUCAUAAUGGUAUCAUCAAGUAUGUCGAUUUUGGAGCUGCCAAGGUGAUUGCCAGACAAGGCCGAACCCUGGUUCAGGAUCUGCACGCAACGAAACGAAACAAAUCCAUGACGGGUACACCGAUGUACAUGUCGCCUGAAGUGAUCAAGGGGGAGCUCUCUGAAAACUCUGGCAGGGCUGGGGCCGUGGAUAUUUGGUCGCUGGGGUGUGUCAUUCUGGAGAUGGCGACGGGACGACGACCAUGGGCCAACCUUGACAACGAGUGGUCCAUCAUGUACAACAUUGGUCAAGGUCACGCCCCGGCGCUCCCCACUCGUGAGUUUCUAAGCGCUCAGGGCCUCGACUUUGUGAAGAAGUGCUUCAUCCGCGACCCGAGCAAGCGAUGGACUGCGGUUGAGCUGCUCCAGCACGAAUGGAUAAUGGCCAUCCGCAGCCAAGUCGUGGAGUCGCCGACGCCCAGCGAGAUGAGCUCGUCGGCGGCGACAACGCCCUACUCGAAUUAUCAGUGA